GAAAAGCGUUAUUUCUAUUGAAAGCGGCCAUAUUUUUCUUUCUCAGGUAAAUCUUCAGCAUGGGUGAAGAUAAAGAUAAAGAUUGGGAUAGAGAGAGAAGACGAGAACGUAGACGGUCUAGGUCAGGUUCUCGUGGACGAACUGGACGUAGGCGAUCAAGAUCUCGAUCCAAAGAAAGAAAACGUUCUCAUUCUCGAGAAAGAAGAGCAGGGGGAGGAGGAGCAGCAGGGCGAAAUAAUAAUAAUGAAGUUCGAGUUCCUCGUAGGCGAAAGAAGUCUUUAUAUUGGGAUGUUCCUGCCCCUGGCUUUGAGCACAUAUCUACCCAACAGUAUAAAGAUAUGCAGAGCUCUGGUCAGAUUCCUCCAAGUAUUUAUACUACUCAAGGACCAGUGAUUGGAACAGUACCUGUUGUAGGAAGUACAGUGACGAGACAGGCAAGGCGGCUUUAUGUUGGCAAUAUCCCAUUUGGUUGCUCUGAGGAUGAAAUGAUGGAUUUCUUCAAUGCCCAAAUGCAUGUUUGUGGAUUUUCUCAAGCUCAGGGAAAUCCAAUUCUCGCCUGCCAAAUUAAUUUAGACAAGAAUUUUGCUUUUCUGGAGUUUAGGUCAAUUGAUGAAACAACUCAGGCAAUGGCAUUUGAUGGCAUUAAUUUCAAAGGUCAAAGUUUAAAAAUAAGAAGGCCGCACGAUUAUCAGCCUGUGCCUGGAAUGUCUGAAAUUCCAAAUUCUGCAGUUCCUGGUGUUAUUUCAACUGUCGUUCAAGAUUCCCCAAAUAAAGUAUUCAUUGGUGGCCUGCCCAAUUUCUUAAAUGAAGACCAGGUAAAGGAUUUCCUUUUAUCAUUUGGACAGUUGAAGGCUUUUAAUCUGGUUAAAGACACUGCUACUGGUCUUUCUAAAGGUUAUGCGUUUUGUGAAUAUGUUGACACAAUUAGUACUGAUCAGGCUAUUCAAGGUUUGAACGGGAUGCAGUUGAGUGAUAAGCGCUUAAUUGUACAAAGAGCUAGUGUUGGAGCAAAGAAUGUUCAAACAAAUGUUCCAGUUCAAGUUCAAGUUCCCGGUUUGCAAGUUGCUCAAGGCCCUGGUCCUGCAACUGAAAUUUUAUGUCUUAUGAAUAUGGUUGUUCCAGAAGAACUAAUGGAUGAAGAAGAAUAUGAAGAUAUUUUGGAAGAUAUUCGAGAGGAAUGUUCUAAAUAUGGUGCUGUGAAGAGUAUUGAAAUUCCAAGACCAAUUGAAGGUGUUGAUGUACCUGGAUGUGGGAAGGUGUUUGUUGAGUUUAAUUCCAUUAUUGACUGUCAGAAAGCACAGCAAUCUCUUACUGGAAGAAAAUUUGCUAACAGAGUUGUUGUCACUUCUUAUUUUGACCCAGAUCGAUAUCACCGUCGAGACUUUGGAAUGUCUGUUUGUUAGAUGUAUAUUUUUUUCAUUUCUUGUUAAAUGUUUCUUCAAUAUGUUCUGUUUUGUCUUUUUGUCAUUGUUUAUCUUUGCUUUGAAAUUCAUUAUUUGCUCUUUUAUUACGCCCUUAUAUCUUAUAAAAUAUCUUAUAUGUUUUUGCAACAAUUGUUACUUUAAUUCUAUAUUUUAAAUUAAAUUAUGAUGGUGAAGACCCUUUUAUGGACAUUUCUAAAGCUGCAAACAUUGAUUACCACUUGAUAUAAUUGGUAAUGAAUUAUAACAUUUGGCUAGAUAAUCAAUACAACUUCUAAUGUCCUUCAAACAAAUGUCUGAUGAUGAUAUGGAAUUUAAAAAAAAAGAUAUUUGAAUUGUUUGUGCAUUUUAUGUUUGCAUUCAUUGUAAUCAUUUUCAUACAUGACUUGGCUGGAAGUACAAACAUGGACAAAUAAA